UAUUGAAUAGGACAUGAAUAAGGACAAAUAACAUUGCAUUUCAAUGCGUAUCAAUGCGUUGCCAAAAAAUGUUUAUAUAUCUUUGUUGAUCUGUAACCAAUUUAGCUAACUGCAUGUUUAUGUUUUGACUUCAAACAUUAAACCUUAAACCUUGAAGAGAGGAGAAAUAAUAUUCAAAGCAAGAGUGCCAUUAUAAACUAAAUUAAAUGAUGGCUAGCAAAGAAUCGUUUGAGUGUGGCAACGUUCCUGCUGAAGAAGAAGAGUUAAUUUCUGACAUGUUCAAUAAGUAUGGUAUUGCAGGUAUACAAAAAUAUACCAAAGAAAGGCUCAAUAAAUGGCGUGAAACUUACUUGCAUAUUGCAAUUACUGGAGAAUCCGGAGCUGGAAAAUCAACUUUUAUCAAUGUCAUUCGGGGACUUAAAUCGGAUGAAGAGGGUGGCGCUCAUACUGAUGUCAUUGAAGCCACGAAAACUAUCAAGUAUUACAAACAUCCAAAAUACGAAAAUGUAGUAUUUUGGGAUUUACCUGGAGUUGGUACGGAUAACUUCAAACGAGAAAAUUAUGAUGAUCAAGUCAAACUUGCAAAAUAUGACUUUUUUCUUAUAUGUUCAUCUGAGCGAUUUUCAGAAAACGAUGGAUGGCUGGCAAGAAAAAUAAGCAAGAUGGGUAAAAAGUUCUACUUUUUACGCACCAAAGUAUCUAUUGAUAUUUCCAAUGAUGCAAAAGGUAGAUCGUUUCCGCGUUCUAGAGAUGACAUUUUAAAUAAAAUACAAAUCGACUGUCUAUUGAACCUCGACAAACAUCGUUUAUUUGACAGUCUCGUUUACUUGAUCGACAACUUUGAACCAAAUGACUUUGAUUUCAAUAGGCUAAAAGCAAAGCUAAUUGAGGACACACCACACCUGAAGCGAGAGGCCAUGGCCUUUUCAAUUAUUGGUCAAACUGAAGAAAUAAUGUUUCAGAAGAAGAAGGAACUUGAAAAAAGAAUUCAAUUCAUUUCAUUGACAUCUGCAGUGGCUGGAGCAGUUCCAAUUCCAGGCGUUGGCACAGCUGUGGAUCUUGCUAUAAUGCUGGAAGAAAUCAUGUUUUACAGAGACCAGUUUGGUUUGACCGAUAAUGCAAUCAAAAGGAAUGCAGAAAUGCUAGGAGUGCGCGAAGAAGAGCUGAAAAAGGAACUUAAUAUGAAAGAAUUGCUCCUUGAUUGCACAAAGAAAGGAUUACUAGCGCUCUUUAAUAACAUUGUCAUAUCGGAAGCAGUGGAAGAAGUUGCAAAAUACGUGAUACCUAUUAUUGGAAGCAUUACAGCUGGAAUCAUAUCAUACAAAUCAACAAACUACUGGCUGAAAAAAAUUCUUGAAGGGUUGUACCAAGAUGCUUUGAAAAUCAGCAGAAAAUUAAGUAUGCAUUCAGCACAAUCCACGCAAGUUUAAAGACUUCUUCUCGUUUACAGUGGAUCAACUUUACUUUCAGUCUGUGUAUUUAAGUGAAAGGUAUGGUCUUGGGAAAUGUUAGACAAUAUUGAUAUGAUCCAAGAUGUUUCAAGUUUUAAUUUACUUUUUAAAGCUUGUGACAAUAAUAUGUAUAUUACAUUUGUUAUUUAUAACUUAACACUUGUUCUAUUGACAACAAAAUAAACAAUCCAUACGAUUCAACGAUGUUAUUUUCAUAUUAAACAGUCUAUAUGAGAACAAGUAUACAUAUAUGAGCCGCGUCAAAACAAAACCAACAUAAUGGGUUUGCGACUAGCAUGGAUCCAGACCAGCCUGCGCAUCCGCGCACGCUGGUCUGGAUCCACACUGGUCGCAAACCCAUUAUGUUGGUUUUGUCGUGACACGGCUCAUAUAUAUAUUUAACGUAUAAAACAUUGACGAACUUUGUACUCUGCAUUUCCCAAAACAUACUUUUUUAUACAUGAGAUUAACACAAGGAAUCGAACUUCUUAUAUAUAUAUGAAGCUACUUUUUCACAUUACAUCUGUUCAUUCUUAAUCAUGAUAAUCAUCAUACUUACAUAAUUAUUUAAUUUUUUUUUGUAGAAAACAUAUAAAACAUAAAUAGUUUUGAAUAACUUAUUUUUAAAGUAUUCGAGCAAAGAAAGGAAAUGUCGAUUUACUUUAGAUAAAUUUUGUUUUUUAGGAAUAAGGAUAGGAAUUUGUUCUCGGAAAUUUAUUUAUUUUUAAAUAAGUAGUAUCUUAAAAAAAAGAAGCCCAGCCGAAUAAAAACUGGUAAACAUGGAUAUGUUCUUAGUUUACCAUGCAAAGUCAUUUAGAAUUGUUAGCGUAACAAUAAUAUAAUUGCAUGUAUUUCCUGUAGGGUUAUCAAUUGGAUACUUUAGGAUAUAUGUGUUUAGAACCUGUCGUGUUUCGGUAAGUGAUUUUUUACACCAACGGUCGGUAUUCAAUUUUUUUUAUAAAUACUUGCUAAUAUGCAAAAUAUUUGAAAAAGCACAAGGCAUUUAUUUUGUUGGAAGACAAAUUGUUAACAGAACCUAAAUAUCUAAGCAAUCUUAGUAGAAAAGUAAAGAUUUAUUCGUAUAUUAUUUUACAACAGGAAUAACUUUCCUUUUCAUUUUAGUUUAGAACUGUCUCAGAAUGACAAGAACUAUCCCUUACAUUUUAUGUUAGAGUAGCCAAUGAGAUUCCUAGAUUUUUUGUUAUUUUAGAAUGACCAUGAAAACUCUUCUUAUAUUCACUUCUUCCUUGUUAACUCUUAACAGAGAGAAAGUCAAACAGAUUUUAGACUAGCCUUCUGCCGGAAAAAGAAUAUAAUUUUUAUAUUGAUAUUGCCUUUAUCUAUAUCUAACAAUUUAUUUUUAGCAACCGAAAAUAUUUCUUUUUAUAAAUAAUCUUAUAUAUAUAUAUAUAUGUAUAUAUAUAAACUUAUUUUGCUUUUGUGGUUAUUCAUAUCACAGAGAUUAUUUAUGAAAUACCGGACUUUAAUCUACCGAGUGGAUAUCUGUUGAAACAUUGAUAAAUAAUGGUUUGAAACAGCUUAUGAUAAUGAAUGAAAAUCUAUUUUGUCUUACAUUUCAACCAAAUAUUUCUUUGUUGAUUUACUUUUAGAUUGUUGUUAUUUACUAGCGUCGCAUGACUUCCGAAUUUUUACAUUCAAGAAGUCCGGCAUGUAUCAAGGGAAAUAUAAUAUCAGACUCAGGUCAAUAUUAAUAAAGGAGAGGUCAUGGGAAUAUAUCCAGCGAUUUCAUAAAAAAACAAGCGUCUGCUUUAUUUGUAGUGGCAUAAGUGAUGCUGUGUGUAAAGUAAAUACUUAAAGCUAAAUGCAAAUGGUGUAUUUUGUACUGUUAUGCUAGUAAACUUAAUUGUUAUGACAGCAAAUGUUAUCAUCCAAUCGUUAAGUACUAUUAAUGUUAUUACGAGUAGUAUCACGACCUCUCUUUUCAUUUUGGCCCAUAUUUCAGUCACCUCGGACUAUUUAAGGUGUGAUUUUGCAUAUGAAAUAGUUUUUGCUUUUAUGUUAGACUUUGGCAAUUAACAAAAUAACUUUCAGUAACGAACGAUAAAUGUUGUUUUAACAUUUGUUUUUCAUCCUAAAUAACUGCAUGUACGUUAAACCGACUCACUUUCCAUAGACUAAGGUUGACCCGUCUUAGCCAGAAUCCAUAUGUAGAACAUCUCCAUAAAUCUUCAAGGAUAUGCAAAACGCUAUAAAAAUAUAGACCGUCUAUAUAUAUCUUUUUCGCAACAACAUCUUGUAUUUGGUACAAUGUCAUACCGAACCUUGCUUCGCAAAACUCAAAUAUACAGUAAAAUAGCAUUAAUACGUACUUUGUUGUAUAUUUUAAGCACAGAACACGUUUUCUUUGCAUUAAUUCUAUUUUCUUAGAAAAAAGUGGAAUUGAGCCCCACACGUCUCAAGUUGUAAGGAAUCAUGUCAGUCCUCGACUACAUGCUUCCAGUACAGGAUAGAGUCAGAAGCAAACCAAAUGAGUCUUAAUUUAAAGUUGCCAUUUAAGGUCUGUAAUUCUUAAAACAUAAAUCUUUAAAAUAUAUCUAUAUAUAUGAGCUGAUGGAUGUACAUUGUAAAAUGACGAAAAAUGAUAAAAGGGAAAUAAAAUCAUAGUCUUUAAAGAUUGCCUUUCAAUACAUAAACAGGACAGUUUAAACUUUAUAUCAUAAUGCAUUAUGCAUAAUGAUAAACUUGGAUAUUGUUAUUAUAAGUAUGCAGGGAAGAAACUUCAGAUGAUUUUUUUAAAAUUUCGUCUUUGAAUUAUCUCGCUUGAUCAUUUUUAAAAACCGAUAUCUAAGAAUAUUGCGUAAAUUGCAAGAACUAAUUUAUACUGAAAUAUUUGCCAUUUCAUACCCACAUAUCAAAUGUGACGUUAUAUAUGUGACUCGCCUAAUUUCUAUUUGUUGAUAUGCCUUAAUGUUUUCUUUAUUAGGUCAUUGCGACGAUUAAUUGAAAUAAAUAACUUUAAGAGCUAACCUGAUUAUAAUACUCUUUUUCACUUGUUUUCCUUUUAUAAACAUGUAAAUAGUUGUCCACAUUUAGAGUAUUUCCUUUAUUUUGAAACGGUUCCUUUUUGUAUGUGGUUUGAAAGUGUU